AUGAUGCCGGUUACUGAUACUCCUGCUGAGUACUCCGCUCCCAUUCCUCAAGUCCCACCGAACUUUCACGUCGAAACUGUAGGAGAAUCGCAGUUUGUCAUUCCUGAUCGUUAUUCUGGACUGCGUCCCGUUGGCACCGGUGCUCAGGGUUAUGUUGUCUCUGCUUUCGACUCGGUGUCUCAGCGCAAGGUCGCGAUUAAGAAGUUGGCGCAUCCAUUCCAAAAUGUGACUCACGCAAAGCGCGCAUACCGUGAAAUCGUCCUUAUGAAACUCGUCAAUCACAGGAAUAUUAUAUCUCUCCUCGACGCCUUCAGUCCUCAGUCUACACUGGACGAAUUUCAGGAUGUCUACUUGGUUAUGGAACUUAUGGAUGCUAGCCUAUCUCACGUGAUCCACAUGGAAUUGGACCACGAGCGCUUCUCCUUCCUGUUGUAUCAAAUUCUCUGUGGUCUAAAGCACCUUCAUGUGGCAGGCAUCAUUCAUCGCGAUCUGAAACCUAACAACAUCGCGGUAAAGCAUGAUUGCACCCUCAAGAUCCUUGACUUCGGUCUCGCGCGCUCUGGUAGCGAGAACUUUAUGAUGACGCCCUAUGUGGUUACUCGCUAUUAUCGUGCUCCAGAGGUGAUCCUAGGGAUGGGCUACACUGCGAACGUCGACAUAUGGUCGGUGGGGUGUAUAUUUGCGGAGAUGGUGCUGGAGCGCACCUUCUUACCGGGAACCGACCACAUCGACCAGUGGAGCAAAAUAACUGCCGAGUUGGGCACACCCUCUCGCGACUUCAUUGAUCGUCUGGAUCGUGAUGUGCGUAACUACGUCCUCUCCCGACCCCACGUGCCCCGACGACCCUUUGAAACCUUGUUUCCCGACGACGUCUUCCCCGAACCCAGUCGAGUAUAUCUGAAUCCAGCCAUGGCACGAGAUCUCCUCAGCCGCAUGUUGGUCAUCGACCCAAUGGAGCGAAUCACCGUGGAUGAGGCUCUCAGGCACCCUUACGUUAGCCUCUGGAUUGACGACGCCGAAAUCAAUGGGGUGAGGCAUCCUUCCCUCUCUGCUACAAGGCUUGUCUCAAAGUAUCAUGAAUUUUCACGACUGUUGAUGUCACUUACCACAGCCAUUUGGCGAUGA